ACGCGCCAAGGCGAGGCGAGGUGGGACCGCGGAGCAGCUGGCUGACGGCUGGGCUCAGCGGCGGCGUCGAAGGAUCAAUUGAUCGGUUGAUUGCUUGAUUGAUUCAGUGGGUUUUGAGUUGGUCGGCUGCCUGGCUGGGCUGGUGGGGAAGGGAUGGAUGGGGUGUCUGGCGUCCGCCAUAUAUCGGGCGCGCUGCCUGCUUGUUUUGUUUGUUUGUUGGCUUGAGUGAUUGAUAUCGCUCUCUCUCUCUCUCUCUCUUUCUUUGUCCGUCCGGCUUCGUUGUGUCUCUGCUUAGUGAGGCAGGCCUUGGACUCGCUAUCGCCGCUGUGUGGUUGACUGCUUUCUUUUCUUUUCGCUUUCUGUUCAUUGCCUGUGCCCGUCAUGGCAGACAUACCGCCGACGCCUGAAUUCGACCCCUCCCAUCCCAAGGGCGGCGACCCUUCGGCCGUCAACGUCAAUGCCGUCUACACCGGCCUCGAGUUCCAAUAUGUCUGGCUGAUGCUCUGCGCCUGCAUCGUCUGGCUCAUCAUCCCGGGCAUCGGACUGCUGUACGGCGGCCUCGCUAGGCGCAAGUCGUCGCUAGCCCUGCUCUUCCAGUCAUUGAUGGUCGUAUCCGUCGUAACCUUCCAAUGGAUGUUCUGGGGCUACUCGCUAGCCUACAGCCGCAGCGCCAGCCCCUUCAUCGGGAACCUGCACAACUUCGGGCUUCGAAACGUGCAAGUCGCGCCCUCGCCAGGCAGCGCCUACCUCCCCGAAAUCGUCUUCUGCUUCUACCAGCUCCUCUUCGCCGCCUGCACCGUGCAGAUAGUCAUCGGCGGCUCCUUUGAGCGCGGCCGCAUCGUGCCCUCGCUUGUUUUCGCCUUCCUCUGGACCACCAUCGUCUACUGCCCCCUCGCCUGCUGGACCUGGAACCCCAACGGCUGGCUCUACAACCUCCCCUCGCUCGACUUUGCCGGCGGCGGCCCCGUCCACAUCGCCUCGGGCUGGUCUGCCCUCGCCUACGCCUUCGUCCUCGGCAAGCGCAGGCAUCAUGGCGAAAAGUCCCACGCUAAGCCGCAUAACACGACGCUCGUCUUCCUCGGCACCGUGCUCAUCUGGUUCGGCUGGUUCGGCUUCAACGGCGGCAGCGCCCUCAACGCGAGCGUGCGCUCCAUGUUCGUCUGCUUCAACACCAACACCGCCGCCGCGUUUGGCGUCCUCGGCUGGGUCGUUGUCGACUACGUCAAGCACGGGGGCAAAUUCUCCGUCGUCGGCGCCUGCUCUGGCGCCAUCGCCGGCCUCGUCGGCAUCACCCCCGCCGCUGGCUUCGUCUCUCUUUGGAUUGCCGCCCUCAUCGGCUUCCUCACCGGCGUCGCUUGCGCUCUCGUCCAGAACCUCAACGUCUGGCUCAAUAUUGACGAGGGUCUCGAUGUCUUCCGCCUCCACGGCAUUGGCGGUAUGGUUGGUUCCUUCCUCGCGGGCAUAUUUGCCCAGUCGUGGGUUGCGGCGCUCGAUGGCGCGGGCUCCACCGCCCCUGGCGCCAUGGAUGGCAACGGCGUCCAGGUCGGCAAGCAGCUUGCUGAAAUCUGCGCCAUCUCGUCCUACUCGUUCGUUGUGUCGUGCAUCCUGCUCUUCGGUCUCAAAUAUAUCCCUGGCAUGCACCUGCGUGUCAGCGAGGAGGCUGAGAUGGUCGGCCUCGAUUUGGACCAGUUCUUCGACGAACAGAUUGGUGACUGGUCCAUGUUCGACCACAUGAUUGAAACGACUCACGGCGUGCCUGCGUCCACGUCUCAGCCUGUCUCUGGUGACAACACUCCCAAGGGUUCGCCCCAGGGAAGCACGACGAAGACAGCCUGAAUGCUCGGUGUAAAUGACAUUUUCAAACCCUGAUACUAGAAUAGAUUUAGCAUGGCUUUGACGCUCACAACGUCAUCACUCAGUUUCUUCAGUACAGUGUAAUCGGCGAUUAGAUACCAAUUGAUUCAAUUCUAUUCCGUUCGCUCAACUUUGU